AUGAGUGUACGGCUUCAAACCUACUGGGGGCUGCACUGCUAUCGUUUAUCAACAUGUCUCCCGGCCGCUUGAGGAGCAGCUGUUUUUUUCUCGGUGAGAUGUUGUGAGGGAGGCCGCGCUCGAACUGGGACAACAUGACGCACGCCCCAGGCGAUCGCUGUCCGGACCAGUUGAAUAAAUUCGAGAAGCUGACGGGCAGGCCGCUGCACGGCCGCCGUACUCCCCCCGCCCGCAGUGGCCACCGCUGUGUUGCCGACAACACCAACCUCUACGUGUUCGGGGGUUACAACCCGGACUACGACGAGUCGGGCGGCUCAGAGAACGAGGACUACCCGCUCUUCCGGGAGCUGUGGAGGUACCACUUUGCCACGGGCCGAUGGCAGCAGAUUCAAACGGAGGGCUACGUGCCCACAGAGCUGGCCUCCAUGUCAGCUGUGUUACACGGGAACAAUCUGCUGGUGUUCGGCGGCACCGGGAUCCCCUUCGGCGAGAACAAUGGCAACGACGUCCACGUUUGCAAUGUCAAGUACAAGCGGUGGUCGUUGCUCAACUGUCGCGGGAAGAAGCCCAAUAGAAUCUACGGCCAGGCCAUGGUCAUCAUAAAUGGCUUUCUUUACGUGUUUGGGGGCACGACGGGAUACGUAUACAGCACAGACCUGCACAGGCUGGAUUUGACCACCAGGGAGUGGAUGCAUCUCAAGCCCAACAACCCCCCAGAUGACCUUCCCGAGGAACGGUACAGACACGAAAUAGCACAGGACGGACAGAGGAUCUACAUCUUGGGAGGAGGGACCUCCUGGACGUCUUAUCCUCUGGACAAGAUUCACGCGUAUAAUCUGGAGACAAAUUCAUGGGAGGAGAUCGCAACAAAACCUCAUGACAAAAUAGGGUUUCCCGCACCUAGAAGAUGUCACAGUUGUGUCCAAAUACGAAAUGAUGUGUUUAUUUGUGGCGGCUACAAUGGCGAGUUGAUAUUGGCGGACUUGUGGAAGAUCAACCUGCACACGUUCCAGUGGAGCAGGCUGCCCGCCGUCAUGCCUGAACCGGCCUACUUCCAUUGUGCCGCCAUCACGCCGACGGGCUGUAUGUACAUCCACGGCGGCGUGGUGAACAUCCACGAGAACAAGAGGACCGCAUCCCUUUUCAAGAUCUGGCUGGCUGUGCCCAGCCUGCUGGAGAGGUGCUGGGAGAGGCUCCUCCAGGCCUUCCCCCACCUCGCCAACUUGUCAACCAUGCAGUUGCUCAACCUGGGCCUCACACAGGAACUGAUUGAGCGCUUGAAAUAACAAACUUGGACCGCCAAGGAGUGAAAGGAGUCUUUCCUUCUCUGCCAAAAACUAUGGGAGGCCUUCUUUUGCCCCAUUUUUCAUUUUUUUUUUUUUUGCACUAAAUGUGUUCAUACUGAAAACUAUGGAUAUCCUCCCCUUGCCAUUCUGCACAGGACAUAGUGCUUUUUUUUUUUUUUUUUUUUUUGGAAGGGGGUGUAAUUUUGUCAUCAAUUGGAAUUACUCUACUUUGCCAAAUUCUGACAUGGUUCUCAACAUUGGGGGAAAAAAAAAAAAAAAAGCUUACACUAGUAGUUUUACACUUGUGUGUGAAAAGGAUGGGUCAUGUAUAUUUAUUGGAAGAACUUGCACACACCAUCCUGCAUAGAUUUUAAAAUUUUCAAAGUGGCCUUUUUUUGGGCUCAUGAGCUUAUUAACCAUCACUCGUAUUACAUGUAAUUCAAGCAGAAGUUUCUUCCUCUUUCGGAAGAUAUGUAAUUAUUGAAGGGGAGUCGAUUUUAAUCUCCCCCCCCCCCCCCAAGUCUCGUCUUUGAGGGGAUUUAAAAAUGCAUUAGCGAACAGUCAAGAUGUGGUAUUUGGAGCAUAUUUGCAACACGCAUCUGUUUUCAGUCACAUGUCACUGUGAAUUUGGUUCUGUAUCAGAAAACCAUUUUAAAUGCUUUUAUCUGAAUAAAGUUUAUUGGUCUCUCCGA